ACAAUAAAACACACUCUUUCACAAUUUCUUUUAUAAAAAAAAAACCAUCCUAAAAAUAAAGUACUACGAGUAUUAUAUUGUGUUCAUGAAGUUUUCUGACCAAAUGUAAAGUAGUAACGUUACCAAAUAUAUAUACACUGUGUGUGUCUGUCUCGGAAGGAAAAACAGAACAGCCUCUCCGGUGUCGGAAUCUCACCGGAAAAAAAUGAUGACGGAAAAUGUUGAAAAACAGAUAGAAAAACAAAUUGGUUGCAUGUCUGGUUUUCUACAUAUAUUUGACCGCCAACAGAUUUUGUCUAACAAACGUAUUUACUCCACUAAACGCCUUCCUCCUUCCACAAGUGUUGAUACAUCACCAGAGUCAGUUAAAUCCGUGAAGUCAUCUCCGAUAAAGCCGGUUGAGAAGAUAGUGACGGUUGAACCGGUUGUUUCCGUCCCUCAAAGCCCGGACCGGUUCAAACCGUCUCCGGGCUCAAACAAUGUAACACCACCUAAGUCGCCUCUACCGUUCCCUCUUUUCGAGACGAAAGAGGGAACAAUGAGGACGUCAUGGAAGUUUUGCAAGGAAAUGCCUAGGCUGUCUCUUGACAGCCGGGCAACGACUGACUCGAAAGGUGGUCUUUGCCCGAAAGACAAUGGAGCUAACUCUCGGUCCCCUAGUGUCAUUGCGAGACUGAUGGGACUGGAGCAGCUUCCGUCUUCGGACUCUGGGAAUUUACAGAGUCCGGAGACGGUGAAAAAACCGGAGUUAAGAAGGUCGGCUUCUGAAUCUAGAGUGUCGCGAGAUUUGUUUAACUCUCGAUUCGUUGAAGGAAACGGUUUGAACCCGAAUAAACAACCCGUUGAAACAAAUUUGGGUAAUGAGAAAAUCCGAGAUAAUGUGAGAAACAGAAAUGGGCAGAAUGGCAGGGGUAUAGAGGCUAGAAAGAAUUUACCAAGAAACCAAAAAAGUGAAUCUCAAUGGAGAUCGAGGAGCUUCUUUGACUCCGGGGAUUUUUUCCCAGAGCCAAAGCAGAGUACAAAUCAAAAUCAAAUGUGUGGCGAUUCCGAAAAGCUAUUGAAGAUGAGAGGAAUCGAUGAUCGUACUAACGAUCUCGAGUCGUUGAAACAUAUUCUUGAAGCGUUGCAGCUUAAAGGUCUUUUGCACAGCAAAAACAAAAGACCUUUAAGCUAUGACGGUCAAAGAAACUUUGUUUAUGAUCAAAGUUUCAUGCCUAUUGAUGAUUCGAACAAUGUUGUUAUGAAGCCAUGGCUGUCUGGUGGGACCAAUCAGAGAUUCGGGAAUACUUUCGGAGUAGUAAAUAAUAGAUACUCCUCCGAAAGUAUACAUUCCCCAAAGAAAGAAUAUGGUGUGAUUGAUCGAAGUGGAAGGAGUCCUGUGAGAUCUAGAAACUCGUCUCCGGUAUCUCGAAGUGGCAAUUCUAUUGUUAAACGAAAGCCAUUAAGCAUUGAAACACAAAGGAGUUUUAAUGAAUCCACUAAUUCAUCAAGAAGAAAUUCACCGGUUAAUUCUCCAAAGCUUACCCCUAGAAGAAACGGAUCCGGAUCUGGAUCCAAUUAUCAGUAUGUUACUGACCGGUCUCCUAGACACAGGAGACCUACAGACAUGAUUAGUUCAAAUAGAAAAGCUGCACGGAACUUUCGUACAGAGGAUGAAUCGUCAUCUUUUUCAGAAAGUUCUGGCAGUACAACUUCUCAGUCAGAUCCAGAGAGACCAAAAACCGAAUACAAAGAUGGAAAAAGUUUGCUUGCAAGAUGUGACAAGUUACUAAACAGCAUUGCCGAAAUGAACACUAUCAACGAGUCACAUACUACUUCAAACUCCGUCUUACCGAGUCCAGUAUCAGUACUGGACUCCGUAUUCGACAUCAAUGAGUCAUCAUCUCCGUCACCGGUUAUGAAACGUAACAUUGAUUUCAAAGAUGUUAUGGUUGAUAUGGACGACGAUAUUUGGAACUCGAUUAUCUUUUCAUCCACAUCAACCAGUGUAGAUGAAUCCGAAUAUGAUGAUUCGUAUUACACCUAUAUUUCAGAUAUACUGAGAGCGUCUAGAUAUAUUCCAGACGACUCUAGUGUGUAUUAUUUCUUGGAAAAAGAAAAAUAUGGAAAUGACGCGUCGAAAAGUAGUAAAGCCCAAAGGAAGCUAGUAUUCGACGCGGUCAUUGAGAUCUUGGACCAACAAAGAGAGUUGCCCCCAUGGAAUGCAGAUUCGAUAAUUGAAUAUGGUAAUUGUAACAAACAAGUUUAUUCCGAGUUUUUAAAAAUUCGUGAGCCAGAAACAGCAGACAAUGUGUUGGAUUUGAUAUGUAUUGUGCUUAAAAGAGACCUUGCAAGAAGCAAUGGAUGGGGUGAUCGCCCGAUAGAGAUUUCCGAAUCAGUAUUGUACAUCGAACGGUUGAUAUUCAAGGAUUUGAUUUGCGAAACAAUACAAGAUCUAGCCAAAUAUGCCGGGAAAUCAACCUUUUUCGCGCCACGAAGGAAAUUGGUUUUUUAAAUCCUAUUCUAAUUUUAAUAAUCAUUGGGCAGGCAGACUUGAAGAAAGAAUCUGUUUAGUUUAACUUAGCCUUAAUUGUUCCCGCUCUUUUUUCUUUUAGUUUUAAAAAGAUGUAUGUUUUACAGUUUUUUUUUUUUUUAUUAUAUAUUUUAGUUGGUAGUGGUGGUAUUAGUGUAUGGAUUUUAUAUGAAUAAUGUUAAUGUUAA